AUGCGCCUCGAAUACGUCCCGAAUCCACCUCAGUUCGAUGACAAGGAGGACAAAGCUGUGGUCGAAAGAGUUAAAGAGCGAAGAGGAGAACGCGGCCUUCAACCACUAGAUCUGACAUUGCUGCACUCUCCACCGGUAGCAGAUGGCUGGAACUCAUUCCUCCGCGCUAUCCGCACCCAAACCUCCCUCCCAACCUCCGUCCGCGAAGUCGCCAUAUGCCGCGUUGCCAUUCUGAACAAGGCCUGGUACGAGUGGGACCACCACGCACCACUGCUACGCAACGAUCCAGCCAAAGCCGUGUCAGGAGAAGGUGUUCAGUACAUCCUCGAAGCACCGCCGCAUCCUUCGCCCGGUCAGGGACCUCUGGACGACAAGCACCUAGCCGUGCUCGCUUAUACCGAUGCCAUGACACUAGAUGUGCAGGUGCCAGAUCUGGUCUUCAAUCGGCUGAAGAAGGAGUUCACGGAUAGGGAGGUGGUGGAGAUCACGGCGACGGUGGCGGCAUACAACACUGUCAGUAGGUUUCUGGUGGCGUUGGACGUGGGAGAGAAGAAUGCGCAGGAGGGACCCAGUGCAGCACAUUGA